UACUUUACUGCGGCAAGUUGCCCGUUUGUAAUCUUGAUAACGCCGUCGGAAAGGACGAACAAGUAACAUACAACGUCUGCAGUUGUGGCUUUCUUUGUGAUUUCCACCAAUAUUCCGGACUGGGUGUUCUGGAUUUUAGCACCGUUUCCAUAUGUGUUGGCGCCAUUCGCAGUUCUGAGAUCGAUGACCAAUGGGAAUUUCUUGUCUUUGAAGAAUCCGGUUAGUGUCUGGUGACUGAUUCCGUCAGUACCGAACAGUCGCCUUGCCUCCUCAUAUAGUCUUGUUUUGGGGAUACCCUGACUAUAGAUGGCAUUAGGAACACCUUCUAUGGUUACCCUGACCUUUUCGUUAUUAGGAUAGAUAUAUUCCUCGCUGUCUGUCUUCGUCUUGUUUGUGAAUAGCAUGACGACUUGAAUAGCAUGCUUUCAUACUCCUGCGUGGUACGUUGAUCGUUUCGUUGAUGAUGGUGGAAUCUUUGCUCCAUUCCGUUUUCUUCAUUAGGGUAGCGUGUUCGAAGGAUAAUUCGCGUUCGGAUCCGUACAGACCCUCGGCAUUCCUUGCGAGAUCGAUGUUGUCGAUGGACUCGUAUUCCAGUUCGAUGUUCUCCAGGGUGUAUCCUUCCACAGAUUCCCCACCUUGGGCGUUCAUGAUUUCGGCCGCUGUGGGUAGGCUGAUCACAUAUUGUAGGUCGUUUGCCAUGUUGUGUGGUGCAUAAAGUUCGUGAUCUUUGAGGAUUUUGUUGAUUCGGAUUUUCUGUUUUGUUCCAAAUACACCGAACAAUGCGGUAGCAUCUGCAUCGUCGUUCGCGGCGUCGUCUUUGGAUAUUUUCUUCCUUGUGGCUUCACUGCCGAUACCAUCCUCUACCAUAUCAUCACGCUGCUUGUUGUGUAACCAUAGGUCCUUGUAGACCUCCAGUAAGCUUUCCCCGCUGUUGUCGUAGACCUUUUCGCCAGAGAGUCGGAUUUCCAGUCUCUUCUGGAGUAGUUUCCUUAGGUUGUUCCUAAACCAGUAUUACUGUUCUCGAAGUCGAAAACUAAAGCCAUACUAUCUGGUACAAGAACGGAGUCGGCUUUUAGCUUUGGGAUGUUGACGUAGAUUUCUUCUCCGGGUUUGGCAGAAUUGGGAUUGAAGGUUAGAACAUGUCUUGUCCUAUCCCCAGUAAUUUCCGUCCUAUUCAUGCGCCGGAAGCUGGGCAUAAGUUCAGUUGUUCGGUCCAUUUUGUUUUAUUAUAGUAUAACUUUAUUUCCUUCGUUUCAUUUGUAGGUACUUGUACAUGGCUCCGGCAAUUAGGACUGCUACGAUCCAUAGAUUUUGGGCAAGGAAGGCGAGACCCUUAGCUCCCCAGCUCAGGAUAGUACUCAGGAGGUUUAGAAUGGGUACUAGCUAGGAUUGGUAGUGCGGAUUUUGCAAGUUCAGCCAGUGCUUUCUUAGGGCUCCUAAUCCUUUGGAGGCCCCUACCAUGGUUUUCUUUCCGGCCACUACGACUGUAGUAAUGAUUCCGGCGAUAGAAAUGGCAAUAGCAGCUAUUGCACCUAUGUUUUCCUUUGCCCAUUUUCGGAAUCGUUCGAAUUUUGUCCUGAUGUCUUCCCUUAUUUUUUCCCUGAACCUGUGUUUUCCGUCCUCUGAUUCCGGCUGUAGACCCAUUUCUAGCCUAGCGUCGUCGAUACCCUGUUCGGCAACGUCCCUACCCUCUUGCAUAAUUUUCUGUCUUUCGGGAUCUGUUGUGAGUUCUAUAUUGGUUUCAAAUACUUUCUUCUGUACUUUUAGUGCUUUAAUCCUGAUUUUGGGUGGUCCUUUUGGAACAGUUACUCCCGCAAGUUCCCUCCUUUCCCGUGUGGUUAUUUUCCCCUUUCCUCCAGGUCCCUUGCGUGUUCCACGAGGGUGUCCACCGUGUCGGUGACUUCCUGGCGGAAUUCCUCCUUAGCAUCCUCGAAAAUUUCUUCUUCGUCUAACCUUGAUGUUUCGCCUCCGGUCUCCUCUUCGACUACGCUUUUGGCUUUACUCCUGUGUUCUUUAAGUGCUUCUUCGUACAGCCUUAAAAAUGUCUCUACUGAUCCGGAGGAUUUUUUAUCUUUAGAUAAAUUGUAUGCGCCGCUUUUAUCGAUGCAUGCGACAUCAUUUCCGCUAAAUGUUAGCUUAUUCUUAGUGAGGUCCAGGCGGGAGACAAGUUCCUUGGAGUUCUGUCCGUCAGCCGGAUCUAUUCGGUACCAUUCAACUUGGAGAAUAGGAAACCGGCUCCGGCAAAGGCCACGGCAUUAAAGAGUCCGCCGACCACAAUAGAUGUCACUCUUUAUUUGUUAAUCAUUUUUGGGAUGUAUCCCUUAUCCUUAAGGUACCCUAUGGUGAAUGCACUUCCGGCUACGGCAAUGGCAAGCUUUGCUGCUCCUUCUAAGGUCAUCGGUGCACCGAGGCUUUUUCCGGCAACUGUUUUGGCAAGGUAGGAUACCCCGACGACUCCGGUUCUCAAUAGUGCCGCAUCGUACAGUUCGUUGGUCACUUCCUUCUUCGUGUCGGUCAUUAUGUCUUUUAUUAUGGUAAAACUAUUUCUCCUUUCAGUCAAACAAGUCAGGACCUUUUUGUGUGAUAACGACGGGUUUCGGCUCCUCUACAAUCUUAUCUUUCUCAGGCUUCUCGUCCUUUUCCUGACUGCUGUGCCACAUGAAGUAAAGAGACCCUAGGCCUACGGCAAUUCCUACUAGAAGGCCGACUCUUCCUAAGGUGACUAUUGACCCAUCAAUUUCGGAUUCUUCAAUCAAAACGUUCUGUUCCUCUUCCUUGAUAGUUUCAAGCCGUGCUUUCUUCCUUGCUUUUGCUUCCUUACUAAUCUUAGCAAGCCUACGCCCCGCCUCCACCCUCCUGGGAUCCUUGUCGUGGGUCUUUACCGGAUUUGUGAUGGGUACUGCUGUUGUAUCUGGGUUUACUUCCGACAUGGUUCCCUUUUACUUAUAGUAGGAUUUAACUAACUUGUGAGUAAUCUUGUAUCUAGUCAGGGGUAUCUCACGAGUAGAUCUGAGUUAACUUGCAAGUAGAUUUGAGUUAACUUGCAAGUAGAUUUGAGUUAACUUGCAAGUAGAUCUGGGUUAACUUGUGAGUAAUCUUAAGUCUGGUCAGAAGUACCUCAAAUUCAGAAUCAACAGCUUAUAGAUAAGACUUCCUACAUAUAAACAAAGGAACCAUGACAGUUCUAAAUUCAAGACCCACCAUCGUCAGGACAAGCGGAAUGUUCAAACUUUACUUUCACUGUCCGGAAAAAAUGAGUCACAUCAAGAAUAUGUGUGAAAACACAAACUAUGAGGACAUGACGUUAGUCUUUACAGACGUAAGCAUACCCGACCACAGUGUGGAAAAGAAGAUUAAGUUUGGGGAAGGGUGGAUGGGAAGGGACGCAGGAAUCGUAUGCGCACUCGACUACUACGAAAACACAAAGGGUAUAUACGUUCUGGUCGAACUACCGUACAAUAUCGGGAUAGAAAACUGUCGGUUAGAAAGUUCGGAGGGCACAGUACAGCUCGGGGAAAUUACGGAAUUCGUAGACGACUGGCUCCAGGGAAGCGUAGCCCUAUCGGAUUUUCAGGAGUGGCAGGUGCAAUGUAAGGAUGCACGGGAAAACUAUACGGAAGAGGAAAAGGAAGCGCAAAGAGAGGAAGACGACAACAAUUGGUUCAUGGACAUGGAGCAUCUCGAAGAGAACGGUCCGGAUGUAGACACACCCGUAAGGAUCGGCAUGAAGAACGUUCUGCUUGCCAAGGAAGCCUAAGGUUCCCCAGGUAGUGACCAUUUGACCCACAAACAGAAUCGACAACCCAUCUAUAGACAAGGACCCCCACAUAUAAACAAGUAGCCAUGGAACGACCAGUCAUAAGGAAACGCAGACGCGGAUUAUUCAUCGACUGCUCCCAAGAAAAUGUGUUGCAGGUCGAAAGGAUGUGCAAAAGGGUUAAUUACGAGGAUAUGAUGUUUAUCGUAGAAGCCAUCGGAAACGUGCCAACAAGGUACGGCUCCAAAUUCGGAAACGGGUUAAUGGGAAAAAACGCUGAAAUACGCAAGCUAACGCCAAACACCGUAUGGGGAGGAGAGGAUGGUAUACUAGUUAUUGCUAAUAUCGUUAUUAAAACCAUUGCACAUGAAACAUGCUACAUCAGAAACACAAAGGAAAAGGGAGACGUGAUCAAUCUGAGGGGUGCCGAUUUUAUUAGCGAAGGCACGAAGGGAAAAAAGAUAGGCGAGAUAGGAGUUGCCCUAUUAGGACCCGAUUAGCUUCCAGAAUUUAGAUGACGUAACUGCGAACCAUCUGUCCCACAAACAAAAUCAACUUUUUCAAAAGAAAUCCUAUAUAAUAAAAGGUACAUUCUUCAUACGUCCGGAUUUCCGGAAAAAAAACUUGGAGGCAUUCAUUGCUUUUUCAAACCUUUUAGGUCUGGAAAACAGAAUCAACCCCAAAACCACCUUAUAGAUAAACUUUCCUAUAUAAUAAAAGCAAUGAAUACUUUUAAUCCAAGUAUUACAAUUCCGGACAAAAAAUUCGCAUCCGUUGAACGAAUGAGAACCAACGUUCUUAAGUUAUCCAGGGAGAGGGGUCUAAAAAUAGAAGGGAAAAUUAACAACUACUUCGACGAACUGAUCAAGGAGGAGAAGAGGAAAAUAGUCAGAAAGGAAGUUAAAUCGGCAGCAAUACAGUUUCGGAAACGGAGAAAACAAACCGAGGCCAACGCGAAAAUGGAAAUAAGGGACGCGAUGAAAUGGAAAACUGACAUCGCCAAAGAAGAGAAAAGGAGGCGUAAGAGGUCACGGACUGGAAAGCCGAGGCCCAAAAGUGGAAGAAGGAGACCCAACGAUUACGACGAAACGCAAGAGCUCGAGAAAGGCGGGCAGAGGAGAACCGUAGGAUUGCAGAGGAUAAGUGGAGAGGCAAGAAAAAAUUUCCCAAACUCCAGCUGAAGGUGGGUGACAAGCUUAGUAAAAUAUGGGAAAAACCGAGGGAAAUCCUGGAACCCGUCCUAGCCAAGCACGCCAUCAAGAAAAAGGUAAAAAAGUACGUCAUCACCCCGAACGGUAACUACGACCCAUCCUACUUCCUAACCAUCACGGAAGAUGAGGUUAAAGCACUGAUAAAUUCCGAAACGGAACCCAGGAACGUAAGGAUGUCCUUAGCCUGUGAAAUGGCAAGGAGCGACCCGAAAACCGGGGAGGAAGUGUCAACUAUCGCUCACUUCGGAUCAAAGAACCACAAAUUUAUCAGUACGGACGAUACGGAAGAAACCAGG